ACCGGUGUCCUUAAACGAUGCUGCAGCCGAUGAUGAUGAUGAUGAUGCCUUGUUAUGGGUUCAUUUUUGGCUUAUCGUGCAUAGGAUAAACGACUUGGGGAGUUUUCAGCCCCGGGCGUACACAGAUCAAAAGCCGGUUCCCAGGCCGUAGUAAGACACUGAGAUUAAGGGAGAGAGAGGUUAGAGAGAGCUGAAGCUCCUCUCCCAUCAGAUAAUACCGCUGCCUCGGGCCGGGAUGCAGAACAGAAACCGAGUUUCCAAAUCGCAGGAUGUGUGAAUAAACGCCAGCCAAUUAAAGCAGAUACCUCUGAGGCCUGUUAAGGAAUCAGAAAGGAGGAGGGCGGCAUUUUAGACUCAUCAGUCUCAUCCUUGUGAGGAAGAAGGGCCUCAUAGGACGCCAUGCAGGGUUAAAAUGGUUUUGCACGCUCAUGAGUUACCACAACCAGAAGUUUUCAACCCUGGACACAAACGGAUCGCGUGCAGUUGCGAUGGUGGACACAUACUCUGGUGUGGGCAUGCAUUUUUCGCACAUGGACGUCUGAAACACAACUUAUCAUGUGGAUAUCUGCACUUGCAAGAUUCAUGUGACUUUGCAAACCGUGUUUUUCUGCUCACUUUUCGGCCAGUUUGUCUCAUCAAAGUGUGAGCGUAGAUCACCUCAGAGUGAAGAAUGAGCUCUCAUUUAGGGCACAAGACAUCAAGAGCUCUGUUUCAUAUUUUGUACUCGUAAUUACGGUCUUUUCUUAGACUGACUGUUCCGGAGGGAAUCCGGACUCCACUGAGACUGUAGAAAGAGAGUCAUUUUUUUUUGUCUUUUAGUUUCUUCUUUGUUUCCUCAUACUUUUUGUUUCACUGUAUACCUCCCAUCAAAACAGGUUUUUCCUUCCUGUAGUCUGACGUCAUGCUCACAUGCACUCAUCUGCUGUGAUGCUUUGAGAGAUUGGUCUCUGAGAGAGUACUGAAUGAAUGCCUGGACUCAAGUUGCUGCUUCCUUUGAGCUCUUUUUGGUGUAACAUGGGGCUUACCGGAGAUUUGCAGUAAAAGAGCUUUGCUGUCACUUGAUUUUUCCUUUUAUUGACCAAAUCUUGUUACAUUCAAGCCAUAUGAACUUAUUUUUAAUGAGACUAGAGCUAUUUUUGUAUUACAGUAAAGUCAUAGUAUCUCAUAUUAUGUGUAUAUGAAUUUAGUCUAUUUUUUAUGUAUCAGCACAGACGUAUACAAAAAGACAUCUGCACUAUUGUACGUUAACAUUUGUUUUUUUGGAAAGACGUGCACCUUGAUUUAUAAGAACAUAAUCUGUUUCACUAAAUUUAUUGUUAUGGCCAUGGCUACACACCAUCCUCACUCAGGUGGGAGGCGACUUUCCUUCGCUCUCUGACGCCUCCCCCUGUUCCCCAGUUUUUUUUUGACGCCUCCAAAUGCCUGUGGGUCUCAGUGUGGACGGGGCUCUGGGAUACCCCUCCCCAUCCCGCCCAUUCCGCCCCAGUCGCUAUGUGCCUGUGUCCGCAGCAACCGCCUUACUUGUGGGGACCACAACGCUGUUUCUCUGUUUCACAUGUCCGUGGCUGUCAGAGCGGUUCUCCUCCUCCAUUCCGCUCUAUAAUGUUGUGAUCUUCCUCUUCACACUGGCCAAUUUCUGUAUGGCCACAUUUAUGGACCCCGGCAUCUUUCCUAGAGCUGAAGAAGAUGAGGACAAAGAGGAUGAUUUCCGGGCUCCUCUUUAUAAGACGGUGGAGGUGAGGGGCAUUCAGGUGCGGAUGAAGUGGUGCUCCACAUGUCGCUUUUACAGACCACCGCGCUGUUCACACUGCUCCGUGUGUGACAACUGUGUGGAGGAGUUUGACCAUCACUGCCCAUGGGUGAACAACUGCAUUGGCAGGAGGAAUUAUCGUUACUUCUUUCUGUUCCUGCUCUCGCUCACUACUCACAUUAUGGAUGUGUUUGGCUUCAGCCUGCUGUACAUCCUCCAUCACAAACAACUGGACCAGGUCGACUCUGUAGUCACUAUGGCGGUGAUGUGUGUAUCUGGUCUGUUUUUCGUCCCGGUUGUGGGACUCACUGGGUUUCACAUUUUCCUUGUUGCCAGAGGGAGAACAACCAAUGAACAGGUGACUGGGAAGUUCAGGGGUGGCGUUAACCCCUUCACACACGGAUGCUUAAAAAACAUUGCUUAUGUGCUGUGUGGAUCACAGGCUCCCAGGUAUCUUGGUCGCUUGCGAAAGCCUCAUUCUGUUCAAGUCCAGCCACCAUUUCUGCGGCCACCUCUAUCUGAAGCCCAACUAGAAGCUAAAGUUCUGGAUAAUGGCAUCCAACAGUCUAAAAGUAGUUUGGAGAUAAUGGAGAGUCAGUCCACUGAUGCUGAUCCCCCUCCACCACCUAAACCAGAGCACAGAUACCCUGGGCUGCCUCACACACAAAAUGAAGAGUGCAGCUUGCUGACCGAGGCUCCAGCCACACCUUCAUUGUAUAAAUACAGGCCGGCCUACAGCAGUCCAGGAAAAAACCACACGGCCUCAACACAUUCCAGCAAGAUGAGUCGAGGGAACAGUAUGACCGAGUCUCCCUCUGUCCCCGUCACCACUGGGCAGCCCAGCUACCGCUCAGACCCCAGUUUGUCAAGCCGAGGGGGUGCAGGGUGCCGUGGGGGAGGGGAGGGAGGUAGAGCAGGCUCGGGGGGCCUGGGUGGGGCCUCUGCGUUUGGUGGGCGAUCCUACCCUUCUUUUACCGACACCCUACUCCAAUCAGCAGCAGCCUCUUGCUCCUCAAGCCUUCGCUCCGCCCAUACAGCCCACAAUGCCCUCGGGCCUCUCAUCUCUGAGGGUACGACCUCCACUAGCUACAAGAGUUUAGCCAAUCAGACACGCAAUGGCAGCUUGUCGUACGAAAGUCUGCUGACGCCCUCAGAAAGCCCGGAGUUCGAGUCUGCUGCUCACGAGCUGUCCCCACCCAGACCGCACCCUCCGCACUCUCUGAGCACAGCACCGGGGGCCCCGCCUAUUUUGGGGUAUACGUCCCCUUUCCUGUCGGCUCAGCAGAGGGAGGGCUCUCUCCAGGCCUGCCCUGCCCCCCUAAGACCCUCCCCUAACAGAGCUUUCCUGCGCCCAACAAGCUCACCCCCUUCUCGGGCUCCGCCCCUUUCUCCUCGCGCUCGCUCAUUGGGCUCCCCUCCUCCUGGCCCCGCCCCCGGCCAUACACCUCUGGGCAAAUCACUGUCCUAUGGAGGUGGUGUCGAAUUACAGCACCGCCCCUCUAGGUCAGGGGGUGGGACUUCGAUGCCGAAUAACACUGUCUCUUUCUUCCUGCAACCCAUGGCCACUCUGCUGUCCCUUGAAUUUCCGUACACACCCUCCAUCUUUCUCUGUUUUUUCCUUCUCUGUUCUCUUUCUUUACGUUCAUCCGCUCUCUUCUGCCCUCCCCUCCUCCUGCCUUGUGGCCAUAAGGAUGACUCUGUCUCUGUGCUAAGCUCGACUAUUAAACAAAAUGUGGCCAAUCAUGACACCCACUCACACAAACCUGCAGGAGGGGUGAAGAAAGUGACUGGUGUUGGAGGAACAACCUAUGGGAUUUCAGUAUGACUGACAAAAGAGAAUCAGGAUUCACUCGGCAGUUUUUGCCUUCUGAGCUUCAGCCGGAUGGAUGUAAAGCUGCUCAACCAAACAUGCAAAAAAGCAUACAAGACUACAAGGAGAAAUUGUUAGUGUUUCCCAGUCAAACUUCAUCAGUCACUGUGAAGGACGUACUAUGAGAACAUGGACCAGUGAAGACGAAUCUUACAGAGUUUUGUUUUCUGAAUAUCAAUAUGGUACACAAAUCCCACAGACUUUCUUAGUUAUUUAAAGAAUCGUUUGGUACUUGUAUGUGUUACCUACCGAUUUAUACGCAAGACUGUCCAAUGAUCAAUGGACAUUCAGCCUUAGUAGGCGGGACCAUGUGAGACACACUGAUGCCUCAUUCAGAAUGACAGCAACAGAAACCACAAGCCUCUCAGCAGUCAGCCAAUAAGCAUUUGAAACAUUGACUACGUAAAUCAUUGUUCAGUCUUGCAUAUUCCAUAGUGCUCUGUUUCAAACCCCCAAAGAGACAGUUCACCAAAAAUGUAUCGUUUUUGUCAUCGAUUUCCAAACCCAUAUUACAGACUUUCUUCUGUAACAACACAAAAGAAGAUAUUUUAAUGAAUGUUCACGCUGCUCUUUUACAGACAAUAGUGUCCACAUACUUUCCAGCUCCAACAAAGACAAAAAAGGCCAUAAAACUGGUCAAUACAACUUUGAAAGUCUUCUAAAGCAGUGGUUAUCAACCACUAUAGGGAAACUUGACUUAAAAUGGUUUAAAAUAAGAAAUUAAAAUGUUGUAAAGACAUAUGACAGCUGACAGUUGCAAAAUGCAACAGUUGUUGUGGCAAGUUUGAAAACGUGUUCAUGUGUGCUGCUGAUCACAUUCAUUUUUGGGUGAACUAUUUCUUUUCUUUUUUUCUCCAUUAUUGUUUUAUACAGGUACAGAUGUAUAUUAUAAGUAUUAAGUUUGAUAAAGAAGAUAAUAUUAAGAUGCAGGCAUAUAUGAUGUAUGAUUGUUUGUUUUAGGUUGGAUGGUGUUUGUCAGAUUUAUAUGGCUGCAUCAGCCAGAUGAAAUUGUCAGCCAAAGAAACUCGGUCUGUUUGACGGAUAGCACACUCAACAAGUAGAAGUGAAUGUAUCUAAAGACACGCAAGUUACUAGAGCACAAAAUAUUAAGCGAAAGAUUAUUUACAUUUAAGUACUGAAUAUAUCGUAUGCAAAUUGUAACUUUGUGUCGGCGUGUCCACCAAUCAAGAGCCAUACACUCUUGAAAAAUGGUCAGCCAAUCACAAGAGAGUUUAUUUAUUUAGCCGGAGGAGGCCAGUGCUGGAUGCACCAUCAUAUAGAUGGGGACAUUGAUUUUAAAAAAUUGUUCAUGUUGUUUUAACUUCUGGACAUUGGUUAAAAUAAAUAGCCAGAGGACAGUGAUUGUCUCCUCAUAGUUUGAUUGUAUUAGUCAGUGUGAGAGAAUGAGUGUGAAAUUUGAUUUGAACUUACCUGACUUUUGUACAAGAGCACAUUCCAACUAUGCGUUUGGUUCAGAUCAGAGGUCGUUCAUGUCUUUUGUCUGCUUUUUGAGAUCUGAGGACCGGUCAGUGUAAGAUAAACCGCUUUUUUUAUCUUUUGUCAUUUCCACCAUGGCCUUACGAUGCCUUUUAACUGUUAUCAAGGGUGUUUCAGUCUGCAUAAUUGGCUUCUAGAUAUGACAGAUAGAGGGUUGUUGUGUUGGGUUUUGGUUAAGAAUGCAGACUCGUUUAACCCUUCUGUAUUCCUUUAAUGCCGCUGACUCUGAGUCACAUGAGCAACACAUUUUCAACAGAACAAUAAACAACAGAAUGAACACGA